AUGCUCUUCCUCGAUACAAAAACCAUUCUCAAACAGUGCUACACCAUCUCAAAGGAGUGGAAUCAAGCAUUGGAGGAUUCCAACUUGUGGCAACUCUUGUUGGAACGUGAAUUAAAACUUCAAUUUCUUCCUCAUCAAUUCACACCAUCAUCACCAUCAGUUGCAACAUUCUCAUCAUCUCCAUCACUAUUGAAUAAAUCAUCACCAACAUCAUUAAAUUCUUCACCAACAGUUGCUGCAGUACCAUCAUUGAAGAAGUAUGAAUGGAAAGAAUUGUACUUUCUAUUGACGAGAUAUUCGAGAUGGCGUUGGAGGAGAGGUAUUGAGAGAAAUUAUGAUGUUGAAAAGGAUAUGAAACAAAUAUUACUCUCAGAGCAACAAGACACUAAUGAAGAGAAAGUGGACGAAACUUUGGACGAAUCUAAUAUUCCACUUUAUAAUAAUCCGUGUUACUUUUCUCCUUUGAUUCAUAAUUAUCAAUUUAAAGUCAUGAUUUUGGGAGAUAAGAAGGUCGGAAAGUCAAGUGUCAUGUUUAGAUUACUCACUAGACAAUCACCCAAGAAGGAAUACAUUAAAAAGUUAAUUAGUACGGAGGGAAUGUCCCAAUUUUCAUCACUCAUUCAACACACCUACGAACCAAACAAUUCCAUUCAAUUACAAAUUUAUGAUUCGAAUAUUGUUGAUAUUGGAACAUAUGUGAAAGUUUGCAGAAUGUAUGGAACAUUUACACAUUGUGUUAUUAUUGUUUUCAAUGUGAGAAGUAAACGUUCCUAUUUCAAUUCAAUCAACAAGUGGUUGCCAAUGAUUAGAAAGAGAAAUCCUAAUUUACCAAUUUUCCUAGUUGCAAAUAAGUGUGAUAAUUUUCAAAAGUAUCAUGGAUCUACUCGAUUUGGACACAAUUCAACACUUUCCUCAUCAAGUACUGAUUCAGGAAAGGAAAACAAUGGUUCAAACGAUUCAAAGAGAGAUGUUUCCAGAGAGGAAGCAAUUGAAAUGGCAAAAGAAAAGAAUAUUAUUUAUAGGGAAGUAAGUGCUGCAACAGGUGAAGGAAUUGAUGAAUUGUGCACUGAUGUCAUUAAUACUAUUUUUGCUAAGGUUGUGCAAGUGACACCGAAGGGAAUUUUGGAUGAAGCUCAUGAAACAUGUGAAAGUUUGGCAGAGGAUUAUAAUGUUGCAUUUAAACAGAGGAUUAUUGAGGUUCCAAAAUUCGUACCAACAGUUCAGGAUCGUGACUAUUUUGAAAAAUUCACAGAAAGUGAAAUUUCCAAUGAGAGUGAACACGAUGAAUAUGAAGAGGAUAUUGGUGAAGAGGAUAAGCAUCACUAUGAUAUGAAUCAUUAUGAACUAGAGGAGGAAUCAGGCACUCACAUUCACGGUCAUACCAUUAAUCAAAAGGAAAAUAAUCAAUCUAUGGACGAUGAAUCAACCACAAGCAGUAUCAAUGAAUCAGAAGAUGAUGAAAAGAUGAAACAACUGGUUGAAAAGAGUUUUGCAGAAGCAGAUCAAGAAACACCCUAUUUUCGUAUCAAUGUAAAUCAAUCCCAGGACAAGAGACAAUCCAAAUAUUAUGCAAAUUCCAAAGCUCUCACUGCUGGCUUAACUGAGGACAAUUUGAAGGAAAUUUCACAAAUGAUGGCCAACAACAAUGUCAGUAUCGAAGGCCACACAACCAAUCCUUCUCCUCGUCACACCAUUUCAAACACAGUUGCAACAACUGAUCAUGAUGGGGUGAAACAAGGUGAAGAAAACCAGUUGGAUGAUGCCAAUAAGAAAUGUUUCAUUCAAUAAUUUCUGAACUGAAGAGAACACAAAUACUUGAUUUUUUAUCUAAAUAAAAUGUACAUUAUUUCAAAUAU